CUUUCCCAAACGAUUCCCAAACGAUUGCAAUAAAAAAAAAAGAUUUAUCAUAUUUAUCUGCUAACUAUACGGCGGUGGCCACCGGCCUACCCAAGUUUCUGUUUGACGUGCGUCCCGCGGCGUAAUCUUUCUCAGUUUUCCUCACACACAACCAUAACUUGCAAGUUCAGAGCGUUAGUGAUGCGGUUGGAUUAAAUUAGAAAUUAUGUACAAUUAUAUUUUAACAAGAUUAAGAAGAUUUUUCAAGAAUUCCAAAGAUUACCUAAUAUUAUUUGCUAAAUAACCUAAGUGGGUUGAAGGCGCGUUAUUGGUUCCACCCGAAAUCAACUUAAAAAAGAAUAAAAAGAAAGUGAUGAUCUGUGGCUUGUUUAAGACGUACAAUUAGAUAUCAAUAUUAUUAACUAUUGAUACUAAUAAAUGUCAAGUUGGUAAAUGAAGUUAAUCCUUUCACCUCGGAUUUGAUUCGCAAUGGCGUCAAACAGGAGCACGAGAGAAGUUUUAUUGUCGUUGAUAGACGACAUCGAGCUGAUAGCCAAAGAGAUGAUAGAAAACACGAUCGCUCAGAAGCCUUCAAAGCUCUCAAAUACGGAGCAUGCCCAGCUAACUGAAUUGUUAGUCACCAAGGAUAAUGAGUUAAAAGCGACACUGAAACGAGCAGCCGAACAAGCGAAGAUUAAUUUGAAGAUGGAAGCUUUGAAAGCUGAAGUGGAGAGACAGGACCAGGAUAUUCAGCAGCUGCAGCGGCAGUUGAAGGAAGCGGAACAGAUCUUAGCUACUGCGAUUUAUCAAGCAAAGCAGAAAUUACAAUCUAUUGCACGAGCCAAUAAGAGACCGGUUCCUUCAGAAGAGUUGAUUAAAUACGCGCACAGGAUAAGUGCGACCAACGCAAUUUGUGCGCCAUUAACAUGGCAACAGGGAGAUCCCAGAAGGCCAUAUCCCACAGAUAUCGAAAUGAGAUUAGGAUAUUUAGGACGAUUGAGCGAUUUACCGCUAAAUGGACAAUUACUUGGUUCCCAUCCAGGUAUACCAUCCGAUUUGCAUAGAGCGGGUCAUCCUGCCGGAGAACCACCUGUUUCGCAAUCAAAUCAAUUUGCCUGGCAUCCAUCGGGAGAGAUUCACAUGUCUGUUGGCGGGCAAGGUAGCGUGACUGUAAAUACGCAUAAGCAGGAAACCGAGGACGUCGAAGUUAUGUCUACGGACUCGUCUAGUAGCUCGUCUAGUGAUUCUCAAUAGAUAUAAGUAUUUAACAAGUAGGUAUAAUAUUUAUAACCUAGUACAUACACGCGCGCGCGCGCAUAUGUAUGUAUAGUGUAAAAAAAGGCAGUUUUAUCAAAAAGCUAUAACAUGUUGCUAAUAUAAAAAUAUAUAAAUACUGCAGAACAUCAGUAUA